GAGGAUCGACCAACCCGAGGACGGAUCUUUUCAAAGGAGGGUAAGAACUGAUAACGUCUGCAGGGUUGAAGAGGAGUUUUCGGAGGAGUUUAGCCCACCAGCUACCGUGGCGACCGUGGUCCACCAGUUUGUGUCCCCUGUGCGUCCCUGUCCGUGUUGCAUUCGCCCCCCCAGCUGGGUAACGGUUGUCAACAUGGCCCGUAUGAACCGUCCGGCGCCGGCCGAGGUGUGCUACAAGAACAUGCGGCUGCUCAUCACGCACAACCCCACCAACUCCACCCUCAACAGCUUCAUCGAGGACCUUAAGAAGUACGGAGCCACGACGGUGGUUAGAGUGUGUGAGGUGACCUAUGACAAGGCUCCACUGGAGAAGGACGGCAUCACCGUGGUGGACUGGCAGUUUGACGACGGCGCUCCUCCUCCCUCUAAGGUGGUGGAGGACUGGCUGAGUCUGCUAAGGUCCCGUUUCCUAGAGGAUCCGGGCUGCUGCGUAGCCGUGCACUGUGUGGCUGGACUGGGCAGAGCCCCGGUGCUGGUGGCGUUGGCACUGAUCGAGAGUGGUAUGAAAUAUGAGGACGCCAUCCAGUUCAUCAGACAGAAGCGUCGAGGGGCGAUCAACAGCAAGCAGCUGACCUACCUGGAGAAGUACCGACCCAAACAGAGACUUCGCUACAAAGACCCACACAUCUUCAAGAACAAGUGCUGCAUCAUGUGACCCCCCAUUCCCCUCCUCCUCCACCUCAGCCAAUCAACUGCCUGCCACCGACCGAUCUGACCCGAAUGGAUACCGACGACGACGGACGAGUCCACAGCCGAUGCACUUUGACUGAACUUUGAGAUUUAUAAAUCAUGAACUGAGCUGAGCAGCUCCACCAAGGGAAGGGUGUGAUACGUCUCCCUGGUGCCUAAAGACAGCGCUUACUGAGGGGGUCGAUGGAUCCAGCCCUCCUUGAAUCUGACUUUUUAUCCAAGACAAGGUGGAGGUAGCUUGGAGUGGAUGUGGCAUAGGACGUUGACUCUCGCCACAUUGAACUCCAUCAUAACCAUUGGGUGGUGCCUCGCUGCGAAAUGACUUGACUUGUAGUUGAGUUGGUAAUUGUACCUCCAACGCCCCUUGCUACCAAACGGUGGUAGCGCUUCAACUCAUGGUCUGAAAGACAGCCAGCUGUAGCCGUAUGAAUAUAAAAACAAUGUGAAUCAUGGGAUUUUUUUAGUGUGCCUGGUUACCCUUUCUCUCCCUGCCUACAGUGGGGACUGGGCUGUUGUCUGUUCACUCCUUGUUCCAAUGACCUGAAUGUUUACUGUAAUAUAUUUUUGUCAUAAUGCCCCCUUCUAGCUUGAAUAUUCAGUGGGCUUGCAGAUGAGAACAGAGGGGUUGGGAUGGUUAUAGGAAUAGGGUGGGGUGCACUUGGAUGAUAACCUACAGGUUUAUUUGUACUGGAUCUCCACUUUGUAACUGAUGUUAGGCUAGGUAGGACUGUUAUGCACUUACACUGGCUCACAGGGCUAAUGGGUGUAUGGGAGGAAGUAGGGUCAAAUUGCCCCUGGACUCUGAUCUUGGGUCAGUUUAGCAUUUCCCCCACUAAUGGUUAAGGUUAAGAUUUGGGGAGGGGAAGCUGAUCCUAGAUCUGUACCGAAGGGAAACUACCUAAGGGACAUAGACUGUGAGUGGAGCACUGGGUGGCUCUAUGGUCAUAUCCUGUACUGAAUACAUGUCCCUUUCUUUCGCUCUCUGCACCAAACUCUUUGUUACACGGCAGCUGUUUGCUGAGUCUAUUCACAUGGAGUAAAAAGCUGUUGCUGAAUUCAAGGGUCACCAUGGCCUGUCGAAGCACUUUUGAUUUGGUUUAUCCCACCCGCCCCCAUCGGCAUAGUUGGUUAGGCCUACCAGAAUGAAUGGACGUUCUGCGUUGUUUUCUAGUCACUAGCCCAGUUUCUCUGAUAUAUCAGGUCAACUCUUGUACAGGGUGUAGUCAGUUUACACCUCACCAGACACACACAGCCUUGUCUCUGUUCUCCACAUUGAAGUCGCCUUCUUCUGUCUGCCUUUUGAAGAAACCACCUUCAGCUGUAUAGAAAUAAAGUAUGUUUGUCAUCAUGUCUCA